AGGCGGCUCAACUCGCAAUUCAGUCUCCGUUCGGUCCACGCCAUGGCUAGUGUGCCUAUCGCAGAUUUGUCCAAGGAGGAGCAGGAUGAGCUCCUUUGUACUUACGCCGCACUGGUUCUGCAUGAUGAUGGUGCAGAGAUCACUCCGCAGAACAUGACCAAUCUCAUCAAGGCGGCUGGCUGCAAUGUGGAAGGAUACUGGCCACUGCUCAUGUCCAAGAUGAUCAGCAACGUCGGCAUGGACACCCUCAUCAAGCUGGGUAGUGGUGCGGGCGGUGGCGGUGGUGGUGGCGGCGGCGGCGGCGCAGCUGCUGGCGGCGGUGGCGGCGGAGGAGGUGGCGGAGAUGCGGCCACCGAAGAGAAGAAGAAGGUCGAGGAAGAGGAAGAGGAGGAAGACAUGGAAUUCGAUCUCUUUGGUUGAGCCCGCCGCAGCCAAGCCCACAGCCGUGCGAGACAA